AUGGCUACACCAAAAGCUAUGACUAUAAAAGAAGCCAUAAAAAGAUGGGAGGAAAAGUCUGGUCAACAGGCAGCAACUGCUACUGAAGUUAGUUUAAUAUUUCAAUGGCCCCCAAUUGAAAAAAUGGAUAACUCUUUGGCUUGUUUGACAAACUGCGAAAAAUUAAGUUUGUCAACAAAUAUGAUCGAAAAAGUAGCAGGAUUGAAUAGUCUAAAAAAAAUUAGAGUUUUAUCCCUCGGCCGAAAUUAUAUAAAAUCGUUUUCUGGAAUGGAAUGCCUUGGAGACACUUUAGAAGAGUUAUGGAUAUCCUAUAAUCUACUAGAAAAAUUGAAAGGCAUCAAUGUAUUGAAAAACUUGAAAGUGUUAUAUAUGAGCAACAAUCUUGUGAAAGAAUGGAGUGAAUUUAAUAAACUUCAGGAGCUACCACAUCUAGAAGAUCUACUAUUUGUAGGGAAUCCCCUGUAUGACGCAUGUGAGUUAGAUGCAUGGAGAUCUGAAGCUGCAAGGCGGUUACCUAACUUGAAAAAACUGGACGGUGAAACUGUCUUGCGCGAAGAUGACCCUCCGCUGACGGUUGCUGAUAUGCAAAUAUAUGACCGUAAUAACAAACGAUCUCAUGUAGUGGACGCGGCUGACGCAAAUCGCUCCAACUGGAUGCGAUAUGUGAACUGUUCACGGCACUGGAGUGAGCAGAACCUUGUUGCUUACCAGUACCAAGGGCAAUUGUACUAUAGAACGAUUAAAAUAAUCCCUCGUUUCACGGAGCUGCUCGUGUUCUACGGCAGUGAGUUCGCCAACAUAUUGCAUGUCAACCUUGGAGCUUACAACGCACCCAAGGGAUAUGCUAGCAAAUUUGGCGCUCCUGUUCCAAAGAAACCCACACCACCCACGGAGCCAAAAACUGAAAACAUAAUUUCAAGCAAUCAUAAUAAAUGUGGAAAAACAAAGACCAAGUUUGAAAAAUCGAAAAAGGACACUAAAAUAGCCCCUGUUGAAAAUGAUACAUUAAACACUCAGUCAGAUAAAACAAAGUGUAGUUUACAUAAGUUAAGUGAUAUUUCUGACAAUAAUGACAUUAUUGCAAAACAAAUAUCUCAAAGUAAAAUCAAUUUGAACCUUAAUGUUAAAAAACCUAAAUUAGACCUUGCAGAUAAAGCUGAAGAAGCUCGUGAUUUAAAUUUAGUUAAUAUUAAUAAAAAUAAUAACAAAUCUGACCACAAUGAUACUAAAAAAGAAAUAUCUCAAAGCAAUUUUAGUGUAAAUGUGCAAUUACAAGAAAGCUCCAGUAAUCAAGGGUUUAGUAUAGCGCCUAUAACACUGGCUUCUAUGUAUGAGGCAGAAGCAUCUGAAGAUGACGCAGCUUUAACACAAAAAGUUGGCAAAAUAGAUGCAAAUUCAAAAUGCCCGGAUUCGGAAGGUGAAAUACCUCUUGGUCUCGUGAAGAGAGAACCGGAUAAUGUCUGGAUAAAUGUAUCCAGGGAAAGUCUAGAGGAUGAUAGCAUUAAUCAACACAUUCAGGAUCACAUAUCUGUAGAGAUUAUAAAAAAUGAAUCGGACGAUUAUGAAACAAUGUUUGGUGUGUUAAAAAUAGCACUUUUAAAAAAUCGCGUUCAUUCUGUUGAGACUAUUGAGGCUGGAAUGGUUACCGAGGCUACCAGCAAGGCUAGUUCGGUUAUUGAGGUUACCAGCGCACCUAGUCCCAUUCAAGCUACCCGCGCACCUAGUCCCAUUAAAGUUACCCGCGCACCUAGUCCUAGUCCCAUUCAAGCUACCCGCGCAUCUAGUCCCAUUGAAGGUACCCGCGCACCUAGUCUCAUUGAAGCUACCCGCGCACCUAGUCUCAUUGAAGCUACCCGCGCACCUAGUCCCAUUGAAGCUACCCGCGCACCUAGUCCCAUUGAAGCUAGCUUGGUUACUAACGCUAGUCAGAUUAUCGAGGCUAACUCUAUUCUCGAGGCUAGCUAUCUUAUUGAGUCUAUUCAGGCUCACAAAUCUACUGAAAUUACAUAG